UCUUGAUUUGGCCAUUCAUUCUAUUAGUUUGGAAUAAGCGUGCUUUGUGUGUCAAACUUUCAGUAAUGCAACAUUAAGUGAUUUUACUGAAGCAACAUGUGGGUUGCUAUUUGGGGUUGGACAUUAUGUCUUGUUCUUCCGGUGCAUGCUGUCGACCCCGUCUUUACGCCCGAGAUACUGUCGGACGCAGCUGGGAACACGGCUGACAGCGCGUCUAUGAUCACGUGGGCGGGUUGGCCGGCCACGGACGGGUACCUGCUGUCCGAGCCCUCUCGAAUCAGCGAAGGGCUGUCUACCUACUAUUCAAUGGUGCACGGGUUUAUUGACGCAGUUUUUGCCAAGGGAUUCCCGGACGAUGUUCUUGAGCUAGUGAUGACACAGAACUUCACAUCAUUUAACACAGAUGUCGUUUCAACAAAUGUUACCUUCUUCGCCGGCUUCGCUUGUACCAUCGUUGUCGGCUUGCUGUUCAUCCUGAUAUUCCCGAUCGUUGCCUGUUGCUUCUGCUGCUGUCGUUGUUGUGGUAAUUGUGGAGGAGAGAUGAGACAGGAGCCCAAUGACACAGAGAAUGUACGCAGAAAGGCGUGUCUUGUCGUUACCCUCGUGAUUUCAAGCACAUUUAUUCUGGUGGCCUCGAUAUGUUUGUUUGUCAUUAAUGGCGACAUGUCUACAGUCAUUAACUCCAUUGACGGCACUGUCGACGAUUCGAUAAAUGACGUCAAAGUUUUCACCAACAAUACCGUCGUAGAAGCAAAACACGUGAUCGGCACGAACUUCAAUUUUACUAUUGACGUCAUAUUUCGAGACAUAGAUAAUAUUGACGUGCUGUUGGGUAUACCAGUACGUGAUGAGAUUAAAACAGAAACAAACAUUUCGUUCGCAUUGGCUACCGCCGGAACUAUUGUUACAGAAAUGGAUGAUGUCGACUCAGCCCUUACUAAUGUUGAAAACACAAUGACGGAAUUAACUACUUCCAUCAACGCCUUGAAUGAAUCACUCGCCAACAUCACCACCAGUAUGGACGAUAUAUUUGCCAACUGCCCGGCAUGUCCGGUAGCAGGGAGGCCGGACUAUAGCUCGGCGACAGUCUCCAUUGACAUGUCUCAGUUUCCGAAUGACGACAUGGCGUCCGCCAGAUCCAGUAUGGACGACGCCAAGAAUACAAACAUGACAGAUGAGAUACAAAAGGCUGAACUCGAAGUUGACAAUAUUCCGGAGACGGUGAAGAAUGACUCCAACCAAGCCAUGACAGACAUGAAGUCCGACAUAGAUUCAAUAAGAGCUGACCUAGAUGAUAUUUUAGGCUCGAUUGAUGACGUCAAUGAUGAGGUUCAAGGGGGUAGUGAAACAGGAAGCUUUACGGAACUAGUGGGUAACUACACAGAACUGGCAAAGACGUACGGCAAAUACAGACUUGUGACUGGCAUUGGUCAGGUUACCCACCGCACAAACAAGAUCGGAAAAUGGUACAACGCCGAACAAGUGAUGUCUGAUACAAGAAGGCCUGUACUGGGGCAAGAAUCGAGUGCCUCAGCCGCAUUGUCCGAUCAAAGAAGGGAUUUCUGCGAUCAACUUCAAGUACCUCAACCACAAGCUAGGCUCGAAAACUCGUAG